AUGGUGUCUGAGGGUUCAAACACCAUGGAUGUAGGUAGGGAUGUGUUGGCUCAGACAAAGCCCAAGACUAGGUUGGAUGCAGGGACUUGGGGGACCAUAGGGGUUGCCUCAGUUAUUGCAUUGCGGAUGCAGUGGCUUGUCGCCAUUGACUUGUUGCUGCAGUUGAAGGGGAUUUUGGAUUCGGAUUUAACAUUAGUUCAGUACCGGUUACCUAUGGUAGUGAUUGUUUUCAACAAUGGAGGUGUAUAUGGUGGUGACCGGAGAAUCCCCAAAGAGAUAAAUGGACCUCAUAAAGAUGAUCCUGCUCCGACUUCCUUUGUUUCGAAAACAGGCUACCAUACUUUGAUUGAAGUUUUUGGUGGAAAAAGACUAUCUUAUUGGCACACUUGA